AAUCCCUAGUCCCAAAAGUCCCUAGAAGGGACUCAACACCAAGCACUGAUAUUACACGCAAGUGAACGGUCGAAAAUUUUGUUUGUAGAACUUUGUGUAUAAUUUAUAGAAAAAUCUAAGUUUCCAAAAUGACUAUGGCAAUGUUGCAACGACGUGCGAACGUAAGGCUGCCGCCAGAAGUGAACAGAGUUUUGUACAUAAGAAAUUUACCGUACAAGAUUACAGCUGAAGAAAUGUACGAUAUAUUUGGCAAAUACGGAGCUAUCAGACAAAUCAGGGUAGGCAACACAGCUGAAACAAGAGGUACUGCAUUUGUUGUGUACGAAGAUAUAUUUGAUGCAAAAAAUGCAUGCGAUCACUUGAGCGGUUUUAACGUUUGUAAUCGUUAUUUAGUGGUCUUAUAUUAUCAGAGCAACAAAGCUUUCAAGAGAAUUGAUGUUGAUAAAAAGAUGGACGAUUUAGAAAAAUUGAAAACUAAAUAUAAUUUAAAUGAUGAUAAAAAAUAAUUGAUUAUACGUACAUUUAAGGUAUUAAUAUAAAACAAAUUAUAUAGUUAUAUACAAAUAUAUAUAUAUAUAUAUGCAUAUUUCCAUAUAUAUAUAUAGUUCUGUAGAUAAUCUAAUCUUAAAUUUUAUACUAAAUGUCAAAUGUCGAGUAUCGCACACGAAAAAAUAUAUAUUUCUUUUUGC